AAAUACAAACCAAAACAAGAAAAACUUACCUGAUGAAAUCUUCUUCUAGAAUGGGGCCUUCUGCCCAUCUUGUUUACGCUAUAGGAGUUAUCAUCAUGGCAACAAUGGUUGCUGCAUAUGAGCCAUACACGGAUAGCUCAUCACCACCACCAUAUUCUGUACCACUUCCUAAAGUAGAAUACAAAUCUCCUCCACUAACAGAUGUUUACAGUUCUCCACCACCACCAUAUUACUCUCCAGCGCCUAAAGUUGACUAUAAAUCUCCUCCACCACCAUAUGUUUACAGUUCACCACCACCACCGCCAUAUUACUCUCCAUCCCCUAAGGUCGAAUACAAGUCUCCUCCACCACCAUAUGUUUAUAAUUCCCCACCACCACCAACAUACUAUUCACCAUCUCCUAAAGUUGAGUACAAGUCUCCUCCACCACCAUAUGUCUACAGCUCCCCACCACCACCAUACUACUCCCCAUCUCCAAAGGUAGACUACAAGUCUCCUCCACCACCAUAUGUCUACAGUUCUCCACCACCACCAUACUACUCACCAUCUCCUAAAGUAGAGUACAAAUCUCCUCCACCACCGUAUGUCUACAGUUCGCCACCACCACCAUACUAUUCACCAUCUCCUAAGGUAGACUACAAAUCUCCUCCUCCACCGUAUGUCUAUAGUUCUCCACCACCACCAUACUAUUCGCCAUCCCCUAAAGUGGAGUACAAAUCUCCACCACCACCGUAUGUUUACAGUUCUCCACCACCACCACCAUACUACUCGCCAUCACCUAAGGUGGACUACAAAUCUCCACCACCGUAUGUUACAGGUUCUUAUAAAAUGGUUGAGGCAACGCCUGCUUUGAGGAAGCCCUGUGUUCACCAAUGUUAA